UUGCUUAUUUGUGUCGCUCUGUUUAACUUUUUAAUUGUGCUCAUUUGCUUGUGAGUGUUUUUAAGUAUACAGUGAUCCUCAAGGAUCACUUUGUAAAACUCAUGAAAGUCAUUAAGUAGUUUUACAUUUCCCAUCACUGCCUUUAAUCAUCAUCUGUCACUGGUCUGUUGACAACAAAGUAUCCUGUCAAAAUGAUGCAACAAUACAUGAAGGAGCUCGAACAAGAGCCUUUUGAUCCGGAAGAAUUUGUCGAGAGGUUAGCUUGGAGAACAGUCAACGACACAACAAAAGAUGGAGUGACCGGAGUUUUUGACCCUGUUCUGGUACACGAAACCUUCUUGCAAGCAAUCAAGGAUCUGCAGGUUUUGGAAGAGCGUCAACAAAUAAAGUGCGACAAAUUGGAAGUUGCGUCAAAAGAGGAGGAGGCCCGGCACGCUGUAGAGAUACGAGAUCUCCAAGAGAGAAAUAAAAAAUCCAUCGAACUUUUUCAUCAGCUGGACGAAAGGAUUAACUUGGUAGCAACGAAGGUCCUACAUUUGGGUGACCAGUUGGAAAAUGUUAAUACUCCUAGAGCCAGAGCUGUAGAGGCGCAAAAACUUAUGAGGCACUUUUCUGAAUUUUUAACACCCGGACCUUUGACUGAUCCAAUUUUUACGGACAAGUCGAAAUUGGAUGAAGCAGCAGAUGUUAUUCAGAAGCUUCAUGUGAUAGCCCAAGAGCUGCCUUCUGACAAAUUUGAGAACGCAAAGAAAAAAAUUUCAGCCAAGUACGAUGAAAUUGAAAUGAAUCUCAUUGACGAAUUCGUGAGGGCUCAAAGUGCAGAAGAUGCCGCACGCAUGAAAAAAAUUGCUUCUGUGUUAUCGCACUUUAAGGGCUACUCUCAAUGCAUAAAUGCUUUCAUUGAAGAGAGCCAAAUGAGCUCUUUUGGUGGCAAGGACGUCUUCCAAGAAGUUAUUCCCAUGUGUGCAAAAAACUACACGCUCAUUCAGCAAGUUUUUUCGAAUCCCGAGCAAGUCAUGGCGAAAUUCGUUUUGAAUAUUUACCAUCUCAGGCUGCAAAAGUACGCUGUUGCUAAGUUGGCGGAUAGAGCAGAUUCAGAAAAGUACUUGAAAAAUUUGUACGAUUUGUACUUCAAGACUGUGAAGUUAUCUGGUGACUUGAAACGCUUCGAUUUGGGCACAGAUGACACGUACUUGCCCAAAUUGACGAGAAAUAUUUUCCAAAAACACUUGGAUACUUACAUCACCGUUGAAACAAAAGCUCUGCGCGAACGUUCGGCGGCUCUUUUAAUUCAAUACUAUGAAUCGAAGAACCAUCAGAAGAAGCAGCUUCAAAGCGGUGGCUUUCAAGAAUUGAAACGCGAUUUGCAAGCAGUGUUGAGCACACGUACAAACAUCAACAUUGCCCAGAUCGAAGAUUACGGUGGCGAGACUUUUUUAUCCGAGGAAUUAGCCAUAGCUCUGCUCCAGUGUGGCAAGACCGCACUCCAGCGAUGCUCGCUGCUCUCGCAGCCAUUGGAGCUUCCCGGCAAUGCUACUCAGAUUCUAGAGACUACGUUGCAGUAUCUGAUCAACGAGCAUAUCGAUUAUGCGCUUGAACUUGGACUUCAAUGCGUUCCGAUACCCGAGAGUCGAACUCAACCCGAAAUCCAUUUCUUUACCGUCGUCAGGCAGUGUAAUGUUAUUAUUCGAUUAUUAGAGGAACAAUUCAGUGGCGAUUUGCUUCCUCUUAUUUUAUCAACACCCAAGCACGCCGACUGCUUGGCAAAAAAGAAAUUCGCACUUGAACAAAUCGAGUCGAAGAUCGACACAGGCCUCGAUCGCAGCAUCAACGCCAUCGUCGGUUGGGUCAAGGUCUACUUGCAGACGGAGCAGCGCAAAACAGACUUCAAGCCCGAAACCGAGAUGGUAGACACGCUGAACACGCCGCCCUGCCUCGUGGUGUGCCAGUACGUCUCAAGCAUGAUCAGGCACAUCCGCGACCGAUUGGAUGGCAAGAGCCUCGAAAACGUUCUUACAGAGCUCGGGAUUCGCUUUCAUCGCGUCAUCUACGAGCAUCUGCAGCAGUUUCAGUUCAACUCUGCUGGUGCGAUGUGUGCCAUUUGCGACAUGAAUGAGUACAGGAAAUGCGUGAAGGAACUCAGUGUGCCCUUGGUUACACAACUUUUUGACACCCUUCACGCGCUUUGCAACCUUUUGCUGGUGAAGCCGGAAAAUCUUCAACAAGUUUGCUCUGGAGAUCAGCUGGCAAUACUUGAUCGCACCAUUCUUUCAACCUUCAUACAGUUGAGAUCAGACUAUAAAACACAAAAACUAGCAAAUUCAUUAAGAGGACUUGCCACGUAGCAGUCGUAAAUUAGUACGCAAUAACAACAAACCUCUGAAGGAGCAAUAAAAACAAACAUUUUAUUAUAAAUGCUGUAGGAAAGAUAUCAAGUUUAUUAUUGUACCGUUACUGCGAUGCAUGUGUAAUAUUGACAUUGUUAAUUAUUGAAAUUUUUAAACUUACUAUUUUAUUUAUUUCGAUGCAAGAAAUAAAAAUUCUUUGCAUAGGCAGUAUACCUGGAGCAUAAUUGACAAGUUUUGUUAACUCUGCCUGCUCCACAGCAGAGCAGCACUCUUACAAAGACAAUAUAUAUUAAACUCUUGUUACUUACGUACAUCAUGUACCGUGCAAAAGUCUUUGUAAGAAAAUUUUUUUUUUCUAAAUUGUUACAUAAUCAACUGGAUUCCAUCGAGUUACGAACCGAUAAAAUCAAGUUAACUGUCAACUUGUUGGUUUUCUUUUAACCACAGCGUUAAAGUAUGUUCA